AUGGCAACUGAUGAUGUCUCAUCAGGGGACAAACACAUUGUAUGUCAAUAUAAAGACAACAUAUCAAGCUUCGGUUUCUGGAUAAGGCACAAUACCCUAAACUACGCUCUUCCUCUUAUUCUUCUACAGCUUUCCGCGAUUUCUGUUGUCUCUAUUCUCAUCGAAAUCUGUCUCCGCCCUCUCGGACAAUCAUCCAUCGUCGCACAAAUUCUCGGAGGCAUACUAUUCGGGCCUUCGGUGCUCGGGCACCAACGCCUCAUGGGGUCGGAGUUGUUCCCGGCGAGGAGCAUCAUGACGCUCGAGACCGCCGCCUCCUUCGGCAUCAUGUUCUUCCUCUUUGCGAUCGGCGUCAGGACGGACACCACGAUGAUACUGCGGCCGGGGCGGGAGCCCCUCGUCAUCGGCAUCUCAGUAAUGAUCAUAACCCUGUUCUUCUCGGUCUCGCUCGCCUUUGCUCUGAAAGCCUGCGUCAAGAUGGACGACUCGCUCGCCCGGGCGCUCCCGUUCAUCGGCAUAUCCCAGUGCCUGACGCCAUUCUCCAACGUCUCGUGCCUCCUCAUCGAGCUCAAGCUCGCCAGCAGCGACCUCGGCCGCCUCGCCUGCUCCACUGCCAUCCUCUGCGACAUCAUGGGCAUGAUCAUCCUCAUGCUGCUCUUCGCAAUACUGCAGUCAAGCUACGACCUGAUGAAAUCGAUACUGUCCAUCGGUUCGGCGGUUAUGUUUGUGUUCUUCAUGGUGUUCAUCACCGGGCCGCUCGUGAGGAAGACCGUGAAGAGGAUACCCACGGGGAAGCCAUUGGGGGACCAGUACGUGUUCCUGUGUUUCGCCGGCGUUCUUCUGACCGGGUUUAUCACGGAAUUACUCGGCCAGCAUUUUAUGUUCGGCCCGAUAGUCCUGGGGUUGAUCGUCCCCGACGGACCCCCGUUCGGCGCGCCGAUUAUCUCCAAACUCGAUUUGCCCGUCGGCAAGUUUUUCUACCCGACAUUCCUCACGACGAGUGGGAUAAAGACGAACAUCUUCACGAUCGAUCUACAGUCCUUGUGGAUUACUUCGUUGUUGAUCUUCUCCGCUUGCAUUAUCAAAAUCGGUGCCGUGAUGUUCGCAUCGCGGUUCUUGAACAUCGACUUCCACGACUCGAUUAUAAUCGGACUCAUUCUCAAUGCAAGAGGGGUCUGUGAACUUCUGAUGUACAACUUGUGGAGGGAUGGUGGGAUUCUAUCAGAUCAGGAGUUUGCUCUGACAGUUAUAUCAGUUGUUGGAGUGACGGCAAUCGUAACGCCGUUGAUCAAACUACUCUACGAUCCUAUGAAACGGCACGUCCCACUGAAGCGGCGGACGAUCCAGCACUCGAAGCGCGAAGCCGAGCUGAGGAUACUCGUCUGCAUACACAACGCGGACAACGUGCCUUCGAUCAUCAACGUCCUGGAGGCCUCGCACGCGACGGAGGUGAGCCCGAUCGCGGUGAUAGCGGUCCUCCUGGAAGAGCUGGUGGGGCGGGCCACGCACAUGCUGGUGGCCCACCAGUCGACGCGGACGCUGCAGCCCAACAACUCGAGGUCGGGCCACAUCAUCAACGCCCUGCGGCAGUACGAGCUCUGCAACGAGAGCUGCGUCACCAUCCAGUCGUUCAGCGCCAUCUCGCACUUCGAGAUGGUGCAGGACGACAUCUACCGCGUGGCACUCGACCAGAACGCCAACAUCGUGAUCCUCCCGUUCCACAAGCACUGGGAGAUCGACGGCUCGAUCGGCUCCGUGAACCGGAACGUGCAGGGCAUGAACAUCAAGGUCAUGGAGAAGGCGCCGUGCUCGGUCGGGAUCCUCGUCGACCGGGGGAUCCUAACCGGGUCGAUGUCGAUACUCAACAACCAGUCGAUCUUCCACGUGGCGGUGAUCUACAUUGGCGGUCCCGACGACGCGGAGUCGCUGUGCUACGGGUCCCGCAUGGGGGCCCACAGCAACGUGACGCUGUCGAUAAUCAGGUUCCUGCUAUACGGGAGCGAUUCGGCUAGAGAGAGAAUGAAGGACAACAACUUGAUCGACGAGGUGAGGCAGGCGAACAUGGAGAAUCAGAACUUCAAGUUCCAGGAGCAGGUGGUGAAGGACGGCGUCGGGCUGGCGGCGUCGCUGCGGAGUUUGGAGAACAGCUUUGAUUUGCUGAUUGUGGGGAGGAACCACCAGGCGUCGGAGAUAUUGAUGGGGCUCGGCGCGUGGAGCGAGUGCCCGGAGCUUGGGGUGGUGGGGGACAUAUUGUCGUCGCCGGACUUUGGCAGCACCGCCUCCGUGCUGGUGGUGCAGCAGCAGAGACUGAAUGGGGAUAAGCUGAUGAAUAGGAUGAUGAAGCCGGUGGUGAUUAGCCACGAAGCCGGCCAUGAAUCCAGACCCGCCGACGACCAGCCUGCCAUUAUCGAGCAUGAAGCUAGGUGGGAUUUGCCCUAAA